CGCAGACGGGGCAAUAACAAUCAGCCGCCUGCUUCUUCUUUUUCGCAGAACUCGGUCGCCCGUAUACAGAUCGGAUCAAAUCAAUCAUGGAGAAAGCGGCGGUCCAACAGGACGGGCUUCUCAUCCCGCUCAUCGACUUCUCCAAAUUCCUCAACGGCUCCCCCUCCCAAAAGGCCGAAACAGCCAAGGCCGUCCUCGCCGGCUUCCAGACAGCGGGGUUCAUUUACCUGUCCAACAUUCCGAUCCCCGCUUCCACCGUCACUCAGGCCUUCGAUACGUCGGCCAAGUUCUUCCGCCUUCCCGACUCGGUCAAGGAGUCGCUCUCGUGGACCACGCCCGAAGCCAACCGCGGCUACUCCGCCCCCGGGCGCGAGAAAGUUACGCAGCUGAAAAGCGCGGCCGACGUUUCGGCCCUGCGCACCUCCAUUCCCGACAUCAAGGAAACCUUUGAGAUUGGCCGGGACGACGAACCGGCCUACCCGAACCGCUGGCCGCCCGAGUCCGACCCCGAGUCCGGUUCCGGGCCCGGCCACGGCGAGAUUACCGGCUUCAGGCAGAUCAUGACCUCCUUCUUCGACGCCCUCUCGGAGCUCCACACCUCAGUCAUGCGGGCCAUCGCCCUGGGCAUGGACCUGCCUGAGACGUUCUUUGACCGCUUCGUCUGCGACCGCGACAACACCCUCCGCCUGCUGCACUACCCGGCCGUGCGCAAGGAGCUGUUCCAGAUCAGCCCGGGCCAGGUCAGGGCUGGUGAACAUUCAGACUACGGAACGCUCACGUUUCUCUUUCAGGACGACAGGGGCGGGCUGCAGGUGCAGAGCCCCAGCGGCAAGUUUAUCGACGCCACGCCGAUGGAGGGAACCUGCGUCGUGAACGCGGGGGACCUGCUGGCGCGGUGGAGCAACGACACGAUCAAGAGCACGGUGCAUCGGGUCGUUGAGCCGCCUAGGAAGGAAGGGGAAGCACAGAAUGGGGAGGUGUACCCGGACAGGUAUAGCAUCGGGUUCUUUUGCAACCCCAACUUCAAGGACUACAUCGAGGCUAUCCCAGGAACUUAUGUCACCGAAGCCGACAAAAAGUAUGAGGGCAUCACCAGUGGGGAGUAUUUGGUACAGAGACUGAAGGCCACGUAUUGAUGCGGUCAUGGAGGCAGGACUUAUCCUGCUUCGUUCGGUUUUGUUCCUGGGUGCAGUCCCCAUCAUGCUUCUGCCAUAUAUUGAGCUGUUUGAUGUCCUACUUGUGGCUGCCUUUAUUGCCAUUCGAUAUGUCUCCUGCAUCUUGCCUGGGCUGGGCAACACUGAAGAAAGAUUUAAAAACGCAAUUUUGAUCGUUGAUC